CUGACGGGGUUUCGUUUAGAAGCAGCGCGCUGAGUCGCCAGCUCAUGCCAUCACCACCAAAAAAGUUUCACCAAUCUACUUGCAGAAGUUGCGAGCUGCGCAGCUCAAAAGUCUGGUCCACAGUGAACCCAAUAACGGCGAACUUCUGGAUCCAUUUGGAAGCCCCCAUCCGCUCGCCGUGCGCUUUUCAUUUGCGCAGAGAGGCAAACUUUGACUUGAAAACGCGUUUGAACCGGAGAUUUAGUUGCCGGGAGAAGAAAACCGGGAUUUUUGAUGCUCGACCAUGGAAGCAACUCGGGCUGAGGAGAAGAAAGACAAAAUGGAUGGUAGCGGUUUUGGAGACCUCCUAAAGAAGCCACUAGAGACCAGAGCCUCCCCGCACAUCUUCUCAUCCUUCCACAAGCCCAUGGACACGCGGCAUCACGACGGGUGCCACUCGUACCACUACGAACCGCACGCCGUCCACACCGUCCACAGGCCCGUAGGAAUUCCAGGCAGCCCUGUCAUCUCUGAUAUCUCUCUGAUCCGUCUAUCUCCUGCGUCCAUGGCGACCGGCGACUCCCCCUUCAGCCCCCCGCACGUUUACGUCAACCCUCACAUGGAGCACUACCUGCACGGCGGCCCUACGCUGUCCAUGAUCUCGGCAGCCAGAGGCCUGAGCCCCACUCACAUGGCUCACGACCAUUUCAAAGAUGGCAGCCUGUUUGGGCUCCCACCACCUUCUCCGACCGGAGUGAGUCUGACCAGGGAGUAUUACCAGUUGAUGGCGAGCCACCACGGCUCCUACGGCGAGCUGCUCAUGCAGGGGGCGGGGCUAGCUGCAGGAGCCCACCUGUCAGACUACAUGACCCCCCUUGAUGGUAAGCGUCUGUCCGCAGUGUCGCGACUGACUCCGAGGUUGAGCAGGAAGAGAACGCUGUCCAUCUCACCUCUGUCCGACGCCAGCGUGAACCUUCAGACUAUGAUCCGCACCUCGCCCAGCUCGCUGGUGGCUUACAUCAACAACUCCCGGUCCGGCUCGGUUGCCAGCAGCUCUUAUGGACACCUGUCCGUCGGAGGACUUAGCCCGUCCUUGGCCUUCCCUCAUCCCAUCAGCCCCGUGGCCUACCAGCAUCUGCUGGCUCUGGGCCACACUCCGCCACUCAUCCAGCCAGCGGCCGCCUACCCCGGCUGCCAGCCCGGCCUCGGAUUCUCAUCGCCGUCCGUUCCGGUCCACGCCAACGACCUGGCGUCCCAAAACCCCUGCGGAGAAUCAGUCACCAGCUGCACAGUUGACCCCGUCAUCACCAAGAGGUCAAAGGUGAAACCCGAAUCCAAAGCACCGAGUUCACUGGUGAGUCCGAACAAAACCAGCGUACCGACACAGGACCAUGAGAGCAUCUCCGAACUUAAAGUGGACCAUGACGAGUGCAAAGCAAAGCCGGAAGCCCCGUGCGAGUCCAACUGCCACUGGGAGGGCUGCAGCACAGAGUACCAAACCCAAGAGCAGCUGGUCCACCACAUCAAUAACGACCACAUCCACGGGGAGAAGAAAGAGUUUGUGUGCCGCUGGGACGAAUGUUCUCGGGACCAGAAGCCCUUCAAGGCUCAGUACAUGUUGGUGGUUCACAUGCGCCGGCAUACGGGAGAGAAACCGCACAAGUGCACGUUUGAGGGCUGCUCCAAGGCCUACUCUCGUCUGGAAAAUCUCAAGACCCAUCUGCGCUCUCACACCGGGGAGAAACCUUACAUGUGCGAGCACGAGGGGUGCAACAAGGCUUUUUCCAACGCUUCGGACCGAGCCAAACAUCAGAACCGCACGCACUCCAAUGAGAAACCGUACGUUUGCAAAAUGGCGGGCUGCGUCAAGCGCUACACGGACCCCAGUUCGCUGAGGAAGCACGUGAAAACGGUCCACGGCCCAGAGGCCCACGUCACCAAGAGGCAGCGGGGGGACCAGCUGACCAGGCUGGCGCCCAAGGACAACAGCGAGAACCAGACGAUCCACGAGAAACGCGCAGACAGCAGCGCCCCCGCAGGUGCGGAGGACUUCAUGCAUGUCAAAUCCAUCAAGACGGAAAAUUCCCUGACCUUGCUAAGAUGCAGCAGUCCAGCCAUGGCGGUCAGUCACUGCGUAGCAGCGAACCAUCACCGCUUGGUGGGGCCACCGACAAUGACGGUGGAGUAGAAAUGGAAGGCUUGAGCGAUGGAAGCCUGCUGGACUUCAACUCGCUGUGGAGUCUUUGGGUGAUUCUAAUGGCGAAGAAGCAGGAUCAGCGAAUGUUAGCAUCCAGGAGCAGCUCAGCUGUCAUCCAUAUCUGGAGUAUAUCACGAAGAAGAGGAGGGACUUCUGCCAAUGGACCGUUUGCCGCUGCCACCAGUACCAGCAGGCGUGUUCCUCUGGCAGAGUCAAGGCAUUGGUCCUGGGUCUGCUGAGAAGUCUGAACUCACUCGACACCCUCGGCCUCCGCUCCUCAGGCAACUCCUCUUCGCUGCUCCAGUCAGAUCUCACACUUGAAACAUGACCGACGAUAUCUUCCCGUGCUCGGGCCAAUCCGUGGAGCCUGACCUCGGGCCUCUAAGCUCCAGUCACUGAAGGUUUACAACCGACACCUCUGCAAAAUUCCUCUCCAAGCUUGUUGGGAUUCUUUUUUUAUAUACCAUCAAGGCUGCAAGGAACCAGAUGGUAGCCUCCAGCACCUCAGACGACGAGGGCAACACACCGACAGUACCCGCUAAUGCGUCCACCACCUCAGCAUGCGCAAGUUCAACUUGAAGGACGGAACUGAACUAUCUCCGAAACCAUAUCAGCCAUACCCCCGAAAGAACCCAAAGCAUUCGGCAGACUCCUUUCAAGCCUGCCAACGAUUAUAAUGACAACAUCCCCAGAAACAACGCUUUGUCCGACAGGGACCAAAUCGUUUUUCCUGGAAUAAGUAUGGCCAAGGCAGGGAAGCAUGGCUCCUUUUGGAGUCCUUUCGAGAAAACGUUCCUGAAACUGAUACGUGGCACCAAAGUGUCCAUUAAAGUGACGUGAAGAAGCCGUCGUUACUGUUGCUGCAAUCUGCUGUC